AUGUCGCUCCUCACGCUGCCAAACGAACUCGUUCUGCUCAUCGCUGACUUUUUGCCCAUCACCAGCGUAUCAGGUCUCCGGAAGACGUGCAAGAGAAUCUACAGAGUCCUCAAAAAACUCAACCGCAAGCGCAUUGUCAUCGACGACAUCGUCUCCAUCGCCGACCUCGAAGCUCUCGUUCUCAAUCCCGCCUCGCGCAACCGCCUCCAAAAUGCUGCUGCACUCGAGAUUUCCGCAAUCACGGUCCUGCCACCGAUGCAGACCCGCACUCGCUUGUCUCUAUCGUCCUUUCUCACUACCGUCAUGUCAAAGGCACAAUACUUUUCACUCUAUCUCGUCCCAGAAUGUGACAUAUCGUACAUUCCGCCGCCAUCGCCGAACACGCCACUUCAUCCUACUCUGACGCAUCUUUCCAUCAUCAACUUUCGCAUACCACCCUCCUUCUUAGCCAUGUUCCCAUGCCUGGUAGAAGCCACCAUCACUCUCAUCCUCACACCACUGCAAAAUGACAUUGUCCAGCUCCAGUACAGGCCAAAGGAUGUCCAAGCCAUCCUCCUCGCCUUGCCUUCAGCAACCCUACAGAGACUCACAGUCACAUGCACCAACCUCCCGCCGGAAAUCUUGGCACUAGCCGCCCAGCGAUUCCCGCUCCUGACGCACCUAUCUUUCGUCUGGGCUGAUGCACCAGAUCGAAUGCUCGGCGGUGUCGAGUCUACCGACAUCUCGAGAUCCCUACAACAAUAUGCAGAGGCCAUUGCUCCGCUGUCCAACACCCUCCAGGCGCUCUAUCUCCCCGCCUGCGUGGGUGUGCCAUCAUUUACAUCCAAAUUUGCGCCAAAUGCGAUACCAACAGGGGACGAGCUACUUGGUGAGGGCGGCGUGCUCCUCUCUGCACCAGAGAUUACCGACAGCCUGGGACCGAGGGCGUUUUCCGGUGCAGGGCUGACGGGUGUCAAUCGACCCAUGACUCGUGGAAGAGUUAGCGUCGGUCUCAAGGGUCUUCUCGACGCUUGCCGUACCCUCGUCAAGGGCACCGGUGGCGUAAAACGUACGGAUGGCACUCUUGUUGGAGUCCACGGCAUGUAUGAGCUUGUCAAGAUUGGAUGGCUCAUCCCACAAGGUGAUGGCAUGCCACUUUUGCCCAUUGAGUGCGUCCGUCGUAGAGGCGUCGUCAAGUUUGGUGCUGCUACGCCCCCAUCGUCUGUCGAGGAUGCGUCUGGACUCCCUGCGAUUGGAAACUUGGUACUCCGAGACGUUAACAACGCCCCGUCGCGUCCAACUGUUGCGAUUGGAAAAGGACCAGGCGUCCUCACCUCUCUGUCCUCGCCAACGACCCAUCACAUCCCGCGUUCGGUGCCCAUCACCCACCACGCGGAUCAACACAGUUUCAGCCCGGUCCAGAUAACGGCCUAUGGCGCUCGAAACACGGCCCCCGUCUAUCGGGAAGAGACAGAGUAUUGGUAUCCCAAUAUGGAGUGGGUGGACGGUUGCGCAUGGCCUGCGUUUUCGGAAAUAGAAGCCAUCUUCCCACGUCCGGCCUUUAUGCGGUAUUGA